AUGGAUUUCGAGAACGGUGGCGCCGCCGCGGCGAGGGUCGGGUGCGCGCUGCCGGGUUCCGCUAGCCCCGGAGCGGUCUGUCCCGUUUGCGGCAAGGCCUUCCGCUGGCCGCAGGGCAUGUGGAACCACAUGGAGCUGCACCGGGGGCUCACGGCCUGCGCCGUUUGUGGGGCGUGGUACGUGGGCAAGCCGUGCGCCCUGUGCGGCCGGCCAUUCUUCUCCCGCUCCAGUUUCAAGCAGCACAAGGCGCUGCACCGCGGCGAGACCACGUGCCACGUGUGCGGCAAGGUUUUUGGCCAGAAGCUGGGACUGAAGCGGCACUUUCGCAGGGUGCACGCGCUCGAGCUGUGA